CAGUCCUCUCGGCCACCGUACAUACACAGAACUGAUGCAGGAAACGAUUCUCCAUUCGUGACAAACAAACGCAUGAAAUUAACAGGCGCUGUAUACAGUAUCACCGCUGUAAUUGUGUUUUAUCAUGGCAGAGUACUCACAUGUGAAGUCCACCAAACUGGUCCUGAAAGGACUAAACGAUAAGAAAAAGAAGAAAAAGCACACGGACAAGAAGAGAAAACGAGAUGAAGAGGAGAAGCCUGAUAUUGUUGGAGGAUGGUGGGCAGUGAAGAGUUUUGGUGAAAUCACAGGCACAGUGGCCAUCGAGAUGCACUACAGCUCCUACAUUCACGCAUUGGACACUGGACUCUUCACUGUAGGAGCUCCACAUAAAGAGGAUGAAGGCCCAGAUCCCCCUGAACAGCUUACUGCCAUCAGACUCUCAGACUCCAGGAUCGCGCUGAAGUCAGGCUAUGGGAAGUAUUUGGGGAUAAACUCAGAUGGUGUCAUGGUUGGCCGAUCAGAUGCCAUCGGCUCCAGAGAGCAGUGGGAGCCAGUGUUUCAGGAGGGAAAAAUGGCUCUGCUUGCUGCAAACAGUUGUUUUAUCUCGUACAGUGAGAACGGAGACAUAGUGGCCAAAAACAAGAUAGCUGGAGAGGAGGAGAUGAUCAAGAUCCGUUCAUGUGCAGAAAAAGAGGUGAAGAAAAAGGAUGAUAUUGCAGAUGAAGACAGGGGUGAUGUCAAGAGCUGUGAGAUUAACUACGUGAAGAAGUUCCAGAGUUUCCAGGAUCGCAAGCUAAGAGUAAAUGAGGAAGGCGGUUGUGUGCUGAAAAAAGCCCGAACAGAUGGAAAGUUCCAUGAGGCAUUGCUAGACAGGAGAGCCAAGAUGAAAGCUGACAGAUACUGCAAGUGAAACCAGGAGAAGCUAUUUAGUUUUACUUUGUUGUGAAAUCUCUGUCAUUCUUAUAAUAAACCCAUUCACUUUUCACAUGUUUAGUUUUUGAAGUAGAAUGUUGCAAUCAUUUGUGUAAUAUGGGACUAUAAAUUCAAAACUCAAAAACACUUGAAUAAUUUACAUGAGUAUUGCCACCGGAAAGCAUCUAGAAUGAUAGCGUUGUCAGAGACCUGUUUGAAAAAAUGAUAAAUGUGUGGAAAACAUAUGUGGUUAUGCCUAAAAGCUGUUUCUGACAAAAAUAUUAAUCAGUUAUUCCAGUGUGAGCACAAACGUAAUAAACAGUGGGAUAUCGUGCUGCAAGCGACAUUUUUAAAAUAUAAUUGACAUUGUCACCUGAUAAUACUGUAAAUCCUGUUUAUAACUGUGCAGUCUGUUAACUGAGUAGUUGAUUUGUAUUAUUAAAAUAAAAGCAUAUCUGUGGUCUUUUAAAUGUUUUUAUAUAAUAAAUUACAAUGAGCCAA